AUGGAUCUACGCGAAAUCUACUCCGAGCGCCUCGGAACUCGCGUGCCUUGCUCGACAAUCCUCGGCUUUGCCUUCGACCACCACCUGCUCGCCAUGAAAUAUGUCGCAUUGCUCAGCGGCGGAAAAGACAGCUGCUUUAAUCUUCUCCACUGUGCAGAAAACGGCCAUGAGCUCGUCGCCGCAGCGUCUCUAGGCCCUGAGCAAGGCAAAGAGGAAUUGGACUCGUACCUCUAUCAAACCGUCGGACAAGAUGCAAUAGAAUACGUUGGACGCGCCUUGGACGUGCCGCUGUACAGGCAAAUAAUAUCUGGGGCAGCAGUCGAACAAAGCAGUGAAUACGGUGGCCGAGACCCUGCACACAGCGGCGGCGUUCGCGGCGACGAGACCGAGGAUCUCUACGAGCUUCUCGCCCUAGUCAAAAGCCAUCACCCAGAUGUCCAGGGUGUCUCCGUCGGAGCAAUCCUCUCCAACUACCAGAGAGUUCGCGUGGAACAUGUAUGCCGCCGGCUGGGCUUGACUGCCCUGAGCUACUUGUGGCAACGUGACCAAGAAGAGUUGCUAUCUGAGAUGAUUGAAGCCGGCAUGGAGGCCGUCCUCAUCAAGGUCGCCGGUAUCGGACUAACCGCAAAACAUUUGGGUAAGACCCUCGCAGAAAUGAAGCAGCCCUUGGUCAAGUUAAACUGUUUGUAUGGAUCACACAUCUGCGGAGAGGGCGGGGAGUACGAGACCUUGACCCUCGACUGCCCCCUCUUCAAGUCCCGCAUAAACCUAGACACAGUGGAGACUGUGAUUCAUUCCGACAGCGACUUCGCAACCGUCGCCUAUUUGCGAAUCAAGGAGGCCACACUUCAACCCAAAGCAUCCCCAGCGCGCCAGCAGCUCGCCGUUCCGCCAUUGUUGGAAGAGCCUUUCUCUCACAUACACGAUCCAAUGGGACCCUCCACGCCCUCUACGAACUCAGAGAAUCAGCCCAGCCCAAUACACCCAUCCUUCCAUCUCCAAAGUCACAAACGAAUAGGAAAUUGGGUCGCCGUUUCGAACGUGCAGCGAGACCUUAGAGAACACCCUGAAGAGCUCACUGUAGAGGACGAGGUACGGGAAUGUUUCAAGCAGCUCCAAGACUGUCUUACCCAGUACUCGCUCACGCUCGCCAACUGCACCAUCAUCAACAUCCUUAUCUCCUCCAUGGACCUCUUCGCGCGGGUCAACACUGUCUACGCUACCUACUUUGGCACGAGCCCGCCCGCCCGCGCAUGCGUCGCCGCGGACCUCCCCACGCCCGUGCGCAUCCGUCUCGACUGCAUCGCCUUCGCGGAGACCACGCCCACCGCACGCCAGGCGCUGCACGUCCAGGGUCUGAGCUACUGGGCGCCCGCGAACAUUGGGCCGUAUUCGCAGGCCAUAGUCGCAGAUGAACGGGUGUUUAUCUCGGGCCAGAUUGGUCUCAUUCCCAGUGUCCUCGCUCUGCCAUCCCCGAAAUCGCUCGCGCUCGAGGCUGCGUUGGCGUUCCAACACGUCCACCGCGUCGUCGACGCACUCAAGAACAACUCGGGCGGCGGCUGGGCUGGCCAUUACCAGGGAAUCGUAUACUGGCUAGCGAAUGCCGGCGACGUCCCCGCAGUGCGCAGAGCAAGCGCACAGUUCGACGGGGACGCUAGUACCCCGACGCUGUUUGUCGCGGUGCCGGAGCUGCCCAAGGGCGCGCUGGUGGAGAAGCAAGUAAUGUUGCAUACAGGCCAGUGUGACAUCGAAGAAGACGACGGGACUGUUAUCCGUGGUACCGCCGUGCCUUCCUAUGAGACAGGCCACUACGAAAGCCUCGGCGGCCAAGUCCACUGGGAAGUCUCCAGCCUCCGCGAGACGCCGUCCACAGUGGCUCUGGUGUGCCUCCGCGGAGAAGACCCGGGCUUACUGCAGCGAUUACGAGACGUCCCCGCCCUGCAAUCGCUACGGUCUGAAGCACUGGCGAUCCGCUUCUUCUACAAUGUCACGAGGCCUGAAGCCGCCGCGUCCGCCGUGGCGUUCCUCUCAACCCCCGACCCGGUGCCCGUAGCACCCAUCCCGUGCAGACACAUUGCGAGCAGAAACGGCGAUGAUUGGGAUUACGCGAUCCUUGCUACAUGUACAAGAUAG